UGGAAAAAAGCAUUUUAGAGCCAAAAUUAUCAAGCAUAAGGCAAACAAGUCCUGCUAAAGAAGACUUGAUCUGCAAAAGUUCCGCAAAAGCUUGCCAUGCAUAAAAGGACUUCUGUUCUAGCAUUCUGGCUCUGCCUUUCUGUUCAGCCACAUUGGAAACUCCUCAACCCAUCUUCAUCACACUGAGCUGCAGCCACAUCUUUGGGUGUCUCAGGAUCUCCCCUCCCAAGAUGGAUUCCUGCCUGAUCCAGGUGAACAGCAAUACUGCCCUAACCUCCAUCCUAGAUGUCCAUGUCAACCUCAAUGGAAAAGGCCCUUCUUUGCCCAAGGGAAAAGGCCGCAAGCCCCACUGGGCAGUCAGGGCUUCAGAAAUGUCUAGAAGGACUUUCAACCCCAUUCGAGCCAUUGUAGAUGCCAUGAAAGUGGAGCCCAACCCCAGGAAGGCUCUGAUAUCUUUGUCUAUAGGGGACCCAACUGUCUUUGGGAAUCUUCCUACAGAUGAUGAAGUCACAAGGGCCAUGAAGGAAGCACUAGACUCAGGAAAAUACAACGGUUAUGCCCCAUCUGUGGGUUACCUGUCUUGUCGAGAGGUGGUUGCAGCCUACUACAAUUGUCCAGAAGCACCCCUGAAAGCCCAGGAUGUAAUCCUGACCAGUGGCUGCAGUCAGGCCAUUGAAUUAGCUUUAGCAGUCCUGGCUAACCCUGGACAGAACAUUCUGGUGCCACGCCCUGGCUUCUCCCUUUAUAAAACCUUGGCUCACUCCAUGGGAAUCGAAGUCAAGUUCUACAAUCUCUUGCCAGAGAAGUCCUGGGAAAUUGACCUGAAGCAAAUGGAAUCUCUAGUGGACAAUAGGACGGCUUGCCUGAUCGUGAACAACCCAUCCAACCCCUGCGGUUCUGUUUUCAGCAGAAGUCACCUCCAGAAGAUUCUGACAGUGGCCUCCAGGCAGUGUGUCCCCAUUUUGGCCGAUGAGAUCUAUGCAGAAAUGGUGUUUGAAGAUUGUAAAUAUGAGUCCCUUGCAAAGCUCAGCACUAAUGUCCCGAUCCUGUCCUGCGGAGGCCUUGCCAAGCGGUGGUUGGUGCCUGGCUGGAGGAUGGGAUGGAUUCUGAUACAUGAUCGCCGGGACAUCUUUGGAGAGGAGAUCAGGGAGGGCCUUCUGAGGCUGAGCCAAAGGAUUUUGGGGCCCUGCACAGCUGUCCAGGGAGCCCUUGGGCAUAUCUUCCACCGGACAUCCCCUGAGUUCUAUCACAACACGCUCAGCUUCCUCAAGUCCAACGCUGUCCUUUGCUAUGCCACCCUUUCUACAGUCUGUGGGCUGAAGCCGGUCCGGCCCCAAGGAGCCAUGUAUCUUAUGGUGGGGAUCGAGAUGGAGCAUUUCCCAGAGUUUGAGAAUGAUGUGGAGUUCACAGAGAGGCUCAUUGCUGAGCAGUCUGUCUUCUGUCUACCUGCCACGUGCUUCGAGUACCCCAACUUCUUCCGUGUGGUGAUCACCGUGCCCGAGGAGAUGAUGGUGGAGGCUUGCCAGCGUAUCCGCUACUUCUGCGAGAAACAUUAUCAAGGCGGGGAGGGGGCCCAGGAUCUGGAAUGUGACAAGUAGGCCCAAGCAUGUGUACCUGGCCCUUCUUCUACUCCACCUGCUCUGAGUUUGCUCCCAGAGCACCCGGAUUCAGCACCAUCAUCCUCUGCUCUGGACUCUGAACUGCUAGGGCUUGGCUCAAUGACACUCCUUCCUGUCCAGUGGGCUCAGGGAGCUUCAUCAGCAGCCCUGGGCACUCCUGACAGCCUGCAGUCACCUGCUGAAUGGUUUCUAGAGCCUAUGGGAAGCUGUGAGAGGGAACCCCCAUGCCAGCCACAAACCAGAGCAGAAGGUGUCCAACCCUUCCACAGGCACAGGACUAUUCCCAAUACUACACAGACCUCAAUGGAAGCCCAUGACUGCCCCCCCCCAUCAUGCACAUGCAGUCCACUUUCUUGUACACACAUUUGACGUUCAUAAGUUAUUGUAUUUUUUGUAUGAAUAAAUGCAUGGUAAAUGA